GCUGUCCGUGUACUGGAUUUAUCCUUCAUAUCAUACAGCAUCUUUAAUCAUGACGUGGAAUGUGCAGAAUUCCUCCAAAAGCAGCAGUUCAGGUUUUUACUUCUUUUUUUUAUGACGGUAGUGUUUGGGCCAACUUGCGCGCACUUCGACGAUUCCAUCACGUACUCGCUGCCUCACACCAGCACAGGUCCCCAAUUGUUCGAUGUGCUAGUUGGAAAGAGGAUAUUCUAACGGCUAUUUCCCCACCUAGCAGUCCCUAUUUGAUCAAUCUUAUAGUAUAUGCAAUUGCUAAAGCACCGACUUCAACCUUCUCGUUUCCACUUUCUGGCAUGAAUGUUGUAAUCAACAUUUUCCUGUUUCCAACUUUUUGAGAAUGAAGGUUGUAAUUGCCCCGACCAUUUUUUUUUUUAAUAAACGGACCUUACCCAAGGAUCUCACCCCUCGUGGCGGUCAGGGGUUGAGCCACACACCCCCAAGCCUUAUCAUAAAUAAAACAGAAAAAUACAAGAAGGGGGACCAGCUGCUUUUAAGCCCAUCCAAACACCCUCUAAGCCAAGAGAAUUGGUCAAACUUGGAUAGGAACAUAUUUGUGUAUGACAUCCAAAGAUUAUUGUCCUGCCAAACCACUUCUCCUUGUCUAGACAGCCUUACAGUUAGAAAUACUAUGUUGUUGAGUUAAGAGUUUAAUCAUAUGCUGUAAUGACAGAAGUCUCAGUGGAUUGUUCAGCCAAAAAAUGUGAAGAGUUGCAUCUUAGACCAAUAAAAGCUCUUAAUACUCUCUUUCUACUGUUUCUUCCAAGCCAUUAUUUGGACUAUGAUCUCUAAAAGGCAAUGCACAUAUUUGAUGAUUAUGUGUGUUAAGUACUCUUUAAUUAGCAGAAAAGAAAGAAGCUCCUUCCUUUGUUAGCUGCCUUCUAUUGAGAUAUGCAAUUAGUUUAACCAGUUCUGCAGUAUGUUUUAGUUGAGUGGUUCUUAUACUCUCGUCUGCUGAUCCGUUGACCUUCUUUUUCAUUCUU